UUUUCAGAACGACACCGUUUGGACCCAUAAUUUUCACUUUUUAGCUCUCCUCCCUUUCUUCACUUAAAAAUACCAGUCAAAAAGCUGCUCCCUUUACUCUCCACUCUCUACUUCCAUGGCUUCCCUGAACUCCUAAUUUAUUUUCCUACAAAAAAAAUUAAAAGAAAAAUUAAAAAAAUGGCUUCCCAUUACCCCCUCAUUUUCUCUCUCCUUUUCUCUCUACUACUGACACUUUCUCUCUCAUUCGAUGACGACGUAAAAUGCUUACAGGGUGUAAAAUCGUCACUUUCCGACCCCGAAAACCGCCUUUCUAACUGGCACUUCGACAACACUUCUGUAGAUUCAAUCUGUCGACUUACUGGAGUUUCUUGCUGGAACGAGAAGGAGGACCGUCUCCUCUCCCUCCAGCUCCAGUCGAUGCAACUUUCCGGGAAACUACCUCCGUCGCUUCAAUUCUGCCGGAGUUUACAGACACUUGUACUCUCCGGAAACCAAAUCUCAGGCGAAAUCCCACCUCAAAUCUGUGACUGGUUGCCAUAUUUAGUAACCCUAGAUCUCUCCGGGAAUGAGCUCACGGGUUCAAUUCCAGUCCAGAUCGAGAACUGCAAGUUUUUGAAUAGUUUAAUAUUGAGUGAUAAUAAGCUUUCUGGGUCGAUUCCCUUUGAAUUGGGGAGAUUAGAUAGGCUCAAGAAGCUUUCCCUUGAUGGGAAUCGGCUUUCGGGUACGAUACCGGAUGAGUUAGGCAAGUUUGGGAAAGAUGGGUUUAGUGGGAAUGAUGGGCUUUGUGGGAAUGUUUUGGGGAUGAGAUGCGGAAGGAAUGGCAACCUUAAGGUGGUGAUUAUUGGCGGUGUUAUCGGCGGUGGCGGUUCGCUUCUGUUAGGGUUUAUGAUUUGGUGGUGGUGUUGUUGGGAUCACAGGAAGAAAGAAGAUGAGGUGGUGUUUGACGGAGAGAAAGGCGGUGUUGGUGGUGGGAAUUUUGUGGGUUGGGUUGGGAAAUUGGGUGCAAAUAAGAACAUUCAAGUAGUGUUCUUUCAGAAACCAAUUGUGAAGAUUCGGGUGGCGGAUUUGUUAAUCGCCACAAGUGGUUUCAGUGAUGGGAAGAUCGUUAAUACCACGAAAACCGGUGAUUCAUAUGGGGCGGUGUUGAGAGAUGGAUCGGCAUUGGCGAUUAAGAGACUGAGAGGGUGUAAUAAGGCAAGUGAUAAGCAGUUUAGGUCGGAGAUUAACCGUUUAGGGCAGUUAAGGCAUCCAAAUUUGGUACCUUUGUUAGGGUUUUGUGUUGUUGAAGAUGAGAAAUUGGUGGUGUAUAAAGAUAUGAGUAAUGGUAGCCUAAACUCAUGGUUACACUCUGGUGGGAUUCCCAAUCAAGGUAGUGUGUUGGAUUGGCGAGCAAGGGUUAAGAUUAGUGUUGGUGCAGCUAGAGGGUUAGCUUGGCUCCAUCAUGGUUGCCAACCCCCGAUCAAACACCAGAACAUAUGCUCGAAUGUGGUAUUACUCGAUGAUGAUUUCGAAGUUAGGAUCACUGAAUUUGGGUUGGUUAGGCUCAUGGGUAUGGGGAAUUCAAAUGGUAGCUCUGUUGCUAAUGGGGACUUUGGGGAGUUCGGGUAUGUACCGCCUGAGUACGCGAGCACGUUGGUGGCAUCGUUGAAGGGUGAUGUUUACGGGUUUGGAGUCGUGUUAUUGGAAUUGGUAACUGGUCAGAAACCACUUGAAGUGAACAAUGCAGGGGAAGGGUUUAAAGGGAGUUUGGUUCAUUGGGUGACUUUUAUGUCUAGCUCUGGUAAGAUUAAGGAUACAAUUGAUAAGUCCUUAUGUGGGAAGGGUAAUGACGAUGAGAUUAUGCAGUUACUUCGAGUUGCUUGUACUUGUGUGGCCUCCAGACCUAAGGAUAGACCUUCUAUGUUCCGAGUUUACGAUUCCUUGAAGAAUAUGGCUGAGAAUCACGGUUGUUUAGAGCAGUAUGACGAGUUCCCUAUGUUCUUGAAUGAACAAGAUGUUGUUGAUUAAAUUUAAGACUCUUAAUUUGUUGUAUUUUUUGCUGUCUUGUUGGAGAUUCUCAAAUACGUAAAUUGGGUUUUCCAAUUCCUGCAGCUUGUAUCUUUCUAAUGUUGGAAUUUUUCUGUAUAAUACAAAAAGUUUUGUAUGCUA